AUGUCUGGAAAAAAAUGGGUUCUCCUUGUCGCCGGCUCAAAGGGCUGGAAAAAUUACAAACAUCAGGCCAAUGUGUGCUGUCACUAUCAGUUGAUUAAGAGACAAGAAAUUCCUGAUGAUCAGAUUGUGACGAUGAUGUAUGAUGACAUCGCUGAUAAUCAGAAUAACCACCACAAGCAACGCAUUCUCAGUGUACUGGGUAAUGAAAACGUGUAUAAAGGAGUUCUGAAGGAUUACACUGGAAAGGAUGUGACCCCACAGAACUUCCUGAAUGUUCUUCAAGGGAAUGAGUGCACUAAUAAGAAAGUCAUAGACAGUUGUAAAGAUGACAACCUCUACAUCUACAUGACCGGUCUAGGGACGGAAAGCACGUUUGAAUUUCCUGAGGAGUCUCUUCAUGCCAGUGAAUUCAUUGCAGCAAUUCAGAACAUGACUGACAAGAAUAAAUUCUCCAAGAUGAUCAUAUUCGUGGACAGCAGUUAUUCUGCAAACUUGUUCAAAAACCAAUUGACUGACAAUGAGAAAGUCUUUGUGUUGACUUCAUGUUCUCGAGGUACUGAGAUCACUCCCACUGAUUAUAACAAGAAGAUAGACGUCUUCCUCUCUGAUAAAUUCUCAUCUACUUGGUUGCACUUCCUUGAUCAGGCUGACUAUGAAACACAAACAUUCGAUGAUCUGUCGAAGGACAAACAAUCUAAACACAUAGAGGAGAAUCCUGAUGCCUGUCCCUGCUUUUUUGGGAAACUGGACGCGACGAAGCAUUUCCUUAAUGAGUUUCUGCAGAAGUAAACAGCUAAACUG